CGCUACGUCUUUGUCAGUCAAGCAGUGUUGUAUAUUUAGCGAGUUUUCAGACCCCUCCAGCGACUUUUGUUGGUAAAAGAGGUUAGCAGCUACUGUUCAGGUUGCCAUUGAGGAGUUUUACCAACGGUUCGAGAGUUUCUAUUAUUUUGAUUGCAUUUAGAGAGUUUUCCCACAGAACAUUCUGCCGCAAACGAGAGUUGUAGAAGCUAUCUGUGCAACGGAAGUUACCGCAACAGCGCACAGGCAGAGAAGCACAAGGGGAGGGGGACGGAAAACGCUCCGUCGGGGACUGCAGCGGUGCCACAGCAAGGCAGGUUGGUGCUGUGACGUCGUCGCGUCAACUGAAAAACGUUAAAAAAAACACCGCUGUCUGUCACGCGGUCCGGUAGACAGCGGAGAGAGAGGGCUUGAACAGGGGGACCAUGAUGGUGAUACCGUGGCUGCUUCUCCUUGAGAUGGGCUUAUACGCCAGUUCUUUCGUGUGUGGAAUAGUCACGGCAUCUUCUCUCACUAUCGUACAGGGUAGUUUCGGGGGGCUCUGUAUGCUCUAUGGAACAGUGAACCACAACUCCUCAUCAGGCUCCAUAUUGGUCCAGACCUCCAGCUCUCCUUCUCUCUGUUACUUUGUCUCUGCUAUCUCAGUGUGUGUAGCAGUGUUCUGCUUCUCUAUAUCACUGUACUGGAUAUAUACAUGCUGCCUGGAUGGAGGGUUUAACAGAGAGCGUCUAUGGCUGAACAUGACCCUGGUGGUGUGUGGCGUGUUUCUCUUCUUCCUCCUGGUGACGGGCUGUGUGUUGAAGGUCGGAAGAGACUCUCUGUGUGACUCUGUCCUACACGCUGUCCCCAACGUCACCAGAUGUGAACAGGCUCAGUCUAGGACCUGGAUGAGUCAGUAUUGUAACAGACAGUUCUACACUGGACUGUACAGGUCUGGGACAGCAGUGUGGGUGAACUUCUUUUUCUGGAUUCUGAUUGGCAUACUGGUGGUGAUCCAGAGAGGUCAAGGGUCAGAUUCCAGAAUGAUGACGCCCUCUGAGACCGAACAUCUUUUCUCAGGCCAGGAGCCCAGCAGCAGUGACUCAUAACCGUCUCGCCGUACGACCUGUUGACGAGGCGCUCAAACACACACACACACACACACACACACACACACACACACACACACACACACACACACACACACACAUCUAACACUCCUCACUGUUUGACCUGUAAGAGAAUGAAUGAACCGUCUGUGUGAGGCUGUGUAGGUCUCUCACACAGUCACUCGUCUACAGCUGUUCCUGGGCUCGGUGUGUGUGUGGACCUCUGGGUACUGCAGCCUAGUGAAGCAGAGAUGGUCUACACUGGAAUAAAGGAUAUUAGAUAUGGUAACAUGUAAUAUCACUGUCCACCUUGUUUUUAAACAGUGUAACAGAGAACAAUUCAUGUACCUUUUUGUGAAGCUCUUAUACAUUUCUCUGUGUUCCCUCCAUCCCUCUCCUCUCGGGCGGCAGGGUAGCCUAGUGGUUAGAGCGUUGGACUAGUAACCGGAAGGUUGUGAGUUCAAACCCCCGAGCUGACAAGGUACAAAUCUGUCGUUCUGCCCCUGAACAGGCAGUUAACCCACUGUUUCUAGGCCGUCAUUGAAAAUAAGAAUAUGUUCUUAACUGACUUGCCUGGUUAAAUAAAGGUAAAAAAUAAAAAAUAA